AUGGGUACCCUUCGCAGGUCCUCCCCAACAGCUGGACUGCAGCUGGGUCACUCCCCUCUGGGGGAAUGGGACCGAGGCCGGGAACGCCGGAGCCGAGGGGAAUACCGAGAUUACGACCGGAGCAGACGGGAGCGGUUCUCCCCCCCUCGUCAUGAGCUGAGUCCGCCACAGAAACGCAUGAGGCGGGAUUGGGACGAGCACACAGCAGACCCCUAUCACACUGGCUAUGAGAUGCCUUACAGUGGGGUCUCCACCGGCCCAUCCUACGGGCCUCCCCAGCCUUGGGCACACCCCGAAAUGCAUGUGACACAGCACCACAUCCUCCCCAUCCAAGCCAGGCUGGGGAAUAUUGCCGAAGUGGAUUUGGGCAUCGCCCCGCCCGUCAUGAAGAAUUUUAAGGAGUUCCUCCUCUCCUUGGAGGACUCCGUGGACGAGACGGAAGCCGUCAAGCGCUACAACGACUACAAGCUGGAUUUCCGCCGCCAGCAGAUGCAGAAUUUUUUCGUGGCCCACAAGGACGAAGAGUGGUUCCGGUCCAAGUACCACCCUGAAGAAGCCGGGCGACGGAAGCAGGAGGCCCAGAACGCUCUCCAGAACCGACUCAAUGUCUUCCUCUACCUGAUGGACAACGGCUGGUGUGAGGGCCUGCAGCUGGACAUUGACAAGGCCAACGCCAUCAUUAAGGUCCUGGAUGCCGCGGUCAUCAAGAUGGAAGGCGGGACAGAGCACGACUUGAAGGUCCUGGAGCAGGAGGAGGAGGAGGAGCGCCCGGAGAAGGCGGAGCCAGGGAAGAAGGAGGAGAACCGGCUGCCCGAGCAGGAGCGGAAACUCUCCGAGAAGGAGGAGAAGAAGGAGGAGGCCAAGAAGACCGCCGAGGAGGAAGCUGUGGAGAAGAAGCCCAAGGAGGAGGAGGAGGAGGAGAAAAAGGGGGAGAAGAAGGAGGAGCCAGAGAAGGACCCAAAGAAGACCAGCCACAAGCACAAGCGGAAGCGCAGCGGGAACGACAGCUACGACGAGGGGAGCGUUUCGGAGUCCGACACCGAUUCUGAGAGCGGGCGCCCCCAAGGAGAGGAGAAAGACAAGAAGCCCAAGGAGGAACCGGCCGGCCCGAAGGACGGGGAGGGGUCCCCCAAAGGCAAGGAGAAGGAGGGGGAGCCCAAGCCUCGCGCCCUGCACAAGACCUGCUCUCUCUUUGUGCGCAACAUCGCCCCCAACAUCCCCCAGGCUGAGAUCGUGGCGUUCUUCAAAAGGUACCCCGGCUUCAUGAGAGUGGCGCUUUCAGACCCUCAGCCGGAGCGGAGGUUUUUCCGCAGGGGCUGGGUGACCUUCGACCGCACCGUCAACAUCAAGGAAAUCUGCUGGAAUCUCCAGAAUAUUCGGCUGCGAGACUGUGAGCUGAGCCCCGGCGUCAACCGGGACCUCACCCGCCGGGUCCGCAACGUCAACGGCAUCACGCAGCACAAGCAGAUCCUGCGCAACGACAUCAAGCUGGCGGCCAAGCUGAUCCACGCCCUGGACGGCCGGACCCGCCUCUGGGGGGCUGGCGAGGAGGCCCAGCUGCCCACCCCGGUCUCGAACCUGCCCUCCCAGAACCCCAUCCUGAAGAACAUCACCGACUACCUGAUUGAGGAGGUCAGCGCGGAGGAGGAGGAGCUGCUGGGCCGGAGCGGGGAGCCCUCGGAGGAGGCCCCCAAGGAGGGGAACCCGGCCGAGAUCACGGUGGAGAGGGACGAGAAGCUGGUCAAGGUGCUGGACAAGCUGCUCCUCUACCUGCGCAUCGUCCACUCGGUCGACUACUACAACACCUCCGAGUACCUCAACGAGGACGAGAUGCCCAACCGCUGCGGGAUAGUCCACGUGCGGGGCCCCAUCCCCCCCAACCGCGUCACUCACCGCGAAGUGGCCGAGUGGCAGAAGACCUUUGAGGAGAAGCUGCAGCCCCUCUUCAGCGUCCGGGAGUCCCUGUCGGAGGAGGAGGCGCUCAAGAUGGGCAAGAGGGACCCCGAGCAGGAAGUGGAGAACUUUGUCACCGCCAACACGCUGGAGCUGGGCAAGGACAAGUGGCAGUGCCCACUCAGCGGGAAGAAGUUCAAGGGCCCCGAGUUCGUGCACAAGCACAUCUUCAACAAGCACGCCGAGAAGAUUGAGGAGGUGAAGAAGGAAGUGGCCUUUUUCAACAACUUCCUGAUGGACGCCAAGCGGCCGGCCGUGCCCGAGUUCAAACUGAACCAGACACCCGUCCCUGGGCAGGGCCUGGCCCCGGGGCUGCCCUACCCACCGCAGGCCCCCCAGGGACUGAUGCCCUACGGACAGCCACGCCCGCCCAUCCUGGGAUACGGAGGUGGUCCUCCCUACCCCCCAGCUCCAUAUGCCGCCGGGCGGGGCAACUACGACACCUUCCGAGGCCAGGCUGGCUAUCUGAAUAAACCACGGAACAGGAUGGUCCGAGGAGACCCUCGCGCCAUUGUGGAAUACCGGGACCUGGACGCCCCCGAGGACGUGGACUUCUUCUGAGCCCCCCCCAC